CACUGGCUGCGGGGCUACCCGCUUUCCCAGAGAUUUGUCUGCGUGACCCCAACCGUGCAUUCUGUAGCCCGGGUCUCCCCCUUCCGUCAGCCUCGAGGCCCCAGUGCCGCCCUCUCCCCAGGGCUCCUCGGACGGUCGCCAUGAAGUUCAACCCCUUCGUGACCUCGGACCGCAGCAAAAAUCGCAAACGCCACUUCAAUGCCCCCUCACACGUGCGCCGGAAGAUCAUGUCGUCCCCGCUCUCCAAGGAGCUGCGGCAGAAGUACAACGUCCGCUCCAUGCCCAUCCGCAAGGACGACGAGGUCCAGGUGGUUCGAGGACACUACAAAGGUCAGCAGAUCGGCAAGGUAGUCCAGGUUUACAGAAAGAAGUAUGUCAUUUAUAUUGAGCGGGUGCAGCGUGAGAAGGCUAACGGCACAACUGUCCACGUGGGCAUUCACCCGAGCAAGGUGGUUAUCACCAGGCUCAAACUGGACAAAGACCGGAAAAAAAUUCUUGAACGCAAAGCCAAAUCUCGACAAGUUGGAAAAGAGAAAGGCAAAUAUAAGGAAGAACUUAUUGAGAAAAUGCAGGAAUAAAUAUUAAUAUAACCUGUUGUCUGUGCGGCCCCAGCUUAACUGCAGAUUUUUAGCCUGGUUUUGAAGGUAUCUCUGGAAUAUUUGUUUCCUUCUUCCUUUGUUAUUGAUAUGUGGCUCUGUAAAUCUACUUUUGCUGUUUUGAUUUAUGAAUAAAAAUUGGAAAUGUUUUCUAAUUCCA